AUACAACCGCCAGAUAAUACGUCAUCUUCAUUAUUGCAUUUACUGCAGAAAAAAGAUCGGCGUUUGUUAAUGUAAGGUUUGUAAAAAGCCGUACGUUUAGUGCGCAAGUGAAAGAAUUUACAGGAGGGUUGGGCGGUCUCCAGUGCCAUUUUUAUCUUACGGUGAAUCAGUGAAACCGGCUUUUCCAGAUCUGUGUCUGGUUUGCCCUGCGCUUCAAGGCGCUGGGGCCGCUCGCCUUUGCGUCAGUAAACCUGCUACUACGGGAGGCGUUGCUGCUCACAAUCGCACAUACUGUAAAAAUUCAGUAAUAGUGCGCAGCCCUGCUACAAAACCGACUGGCUUUUAUUCACCUGGACGCCAUAUGCCUUCAAGAUUUCUAUUUUGCUGUGAAAACCAAUCCUGGUACCUUCGCCUACGGGAUUCCUGACGGGAGAUAUCGUUCAUAUUUACUGAUUUUUGGUCAGAAGCAAAAAUUGGAAAUCAUACUCUAGGAUGCGCCUGGUGCUGUGAGCGGCAUUGUGAAAAUGAGUGUGACCUCCUGGUUUCUGGUGAGCAGCUCAGGCACCCGCCACCGGCUGCCCCGCGAGCUGAUUUUCGUGGGCCGUGAGGACUGCGAACUCAUGCUGCAGUCUCGCAGUGUAGAUAAGCAGCAUGCUGUCAUCAACUACGACAUGAGCUCUGAUAAGCACCUGGUGAAAGACCUAGGCAGCCUCAAUGGGACUUUUGUGAAUGACCAACGGAUUCCAGACCAGACAUACAUCGCUCUCAAGCUCUCUGAUGUCAUUCGCUUCGGAUAUGAUUCUCAAGUCUACAUCCUCGAGAGGAGUCAACACAAGGUUCCAGAAGAGGCACUUAAGCACGAGAAAUACACCAGCCAGCUGCAGAUGACCUUAAAAGCAUCAGAGGAGAAACGGCUUGGAGAGGCAGAUGGUGAUGUGGCAGAAGCCCAGCGGAGCACAGAGCAGAAAGCCAUAUCGGAGGCCCCCAUGUCGCGGCCCACGCCCCUGUAUGGCCAGCCUUCUUGGUGGGGGGAGGAUGACACGGGAAGCAAGGGACAUCUCAACAGUGAACAUCAGCAACAUGAAGGCAGCCCAAAAGAGGGUUCAGCAAUCAUGCCGGAGGUGAAUUGUUCAGACUACCGAGAAUCCCAAGACGAUUCUAUCUACUCAUACCGGCGGGAGCCCAGCUACUUUGAAAUCCCCACUAAGGAGUUCCAGACACAGCCGAAGACCCAUGAAGCUGAGCUGCAUGAGAUCCCGACUAAGGACACCGAUACCCCACCACUGGCCUCCACAAUCACCCCCACACCCCCGGUGGUACAGAGCCAUGCUUCCUUCACCAUUGAGUUUGAUGACUGCAUGCCAGGAAAGAUGAAGAUCAAGGACCACGUCACUAAAUUCUCCACUAGGCAGCUCAAGCUGCCGCGUAAGCAGCUGGCUGCCACACCCACAGAGGUGAUGUCAGCAGAAAGCAAGGUGGCUGACUGGCUGGUGAAUAGCAAUGUCAGCAUGAUGAGGCAGAAGAAUCCCUCAGAGGAUGUCUAUAGUACCAAGAGUGACUUAGCAAUGCACAUUAAAACUCUCAAAGGGCACCAGCACGAGGAUGGGACCCAGAGUGACUCUGAGGACCCAGUCCUGAAGCAAAAGUGCAGCACGACAUCAAACCUGGUGCAACCACAACCCUCUGUUCAGUCACAGCAAUCUGUCCUUCGACACCAACUGCUGCCAACAAAGUUCACGCUGCCUACGCCUGCAAUCUCCAAAGAGACCCAAUCUCCUUCUGAGACUCCAUCUUCUCCACAAGAAAUAGCCAAGACGUCCCCACAGGACGUUAACCAGCAAGCCUUCAUUAUUGAGUUCUUUGACGACAACCCGCGUAAGAAGCGCUCACAGUCCUUCACACAUAACUCCACCCAUGGCGACUCCUACUCUGCCCUCAAGGCCAAGCUGGAGAGACGGAAAGCUGGAGGCCAGGGUGGGGAAAGAGUGUCUGCUUCAUCAGGGCAGAUCCCAGCCACGCAGCAGGUGACGAUCCCGCUGAAGGGGCCUGGUCCUGGGCCUCCGCAGAGGGCCGGCUCGUUAAAGCGGGAGAAGGGCGAGGAGAGGCUCAGUAGCGCCCCCUCUGGGUCAGGCUUUUCCUCACACUCCACCUCUGCGGUUUCCACCAGACCUUUAGCAAGUGUUGCCAAGACAUCCAAGCUGGACCAAGACUUUACAGGUGACUUUGUGAAGGAAUGUAACAAAAGUACCUCACCCACCAAGGAGAACACACCUCCUCUACCUACGUCUGCUCCACCAGUCAUGGAGACCUCCACCCAUCUACAAACUUCCCCAUCUCCCCAUACUAGCCCAAACCUUCCACCCUCCAUAAAUCACGCUCCCACCCCUGAUCACACCCAACCACUCAGUCAUACACCCACAAAGUAUGCAUCUCCAGUGCUGGCCUCGGUGCCCCCACCUCCGCUGUCAGUAAGUGCCCACAGCAUGGACCCCAAGGCCUCAAAGGCAGUGAGAACAGAGGAAGAAGACAGCUUGAGUGAUGCAGGUACCUACACCAUCGAGAUGGAGGCCCCGGAUAAGGAGGUAGAAGAGGCGCGCAGUAUGAUCGACAAGGUGUUUGGGGUCCCCGAUUGUCCCGAGUAUGCUGGAGUGACUGCUCGAGUACUGAGACCCAUCAUAAACAAGGAGCAAGACCAACAGGCUGUCCAGCAUCAAAACCAGGGUGGUGCUGGUGACUUCAAGGCAGCACCGGUCCAAGAUGUAAACUCCGCAACCCCUAGUGACAGUCUCAUCAGCCAGUCACAGGUGCAUGCAGCCUCAUCUGCAGGCACAGGUGCCUCCAAGUGGGUUUCCCGCUGGGCCAGCCUGGCAGAUGGCUAUAGUGAGUCAGGACCUACAGCAGCACUUUCUCAGGAGGAUCUUUCCAACGCAGAUGGCCAUGCCAAACCAAUGCUGAGUCAAUGCAUAGAUAACACAGAUGUGGAGAACAGCCAAGGAUCCAGAACAAGACGGCUCCUCCCCCAGGUACCACAAGUGGAAAAGUUGGAGAGUGCAGCUCCUACUAUUGUCAUUCAGCAUGACCCCGUCACAGAAUGUAACACAUCAGAAAAUGGCUCCACUAAGCCCCAUCAACAAGAAUCAAGGAAGUUGCACCUCCAAGAUGACUUGGACCCGGACAGCCUUAGUGAUGCCAGCAAGUCAGAUGAGUGCUCUGUUGUUGAUCGAAACAAGGGCAGUCGAGCUAGAAGGAAUCAGGAGAAAACUGAGAAUGAAGCCAAAGAGCCAGAAAAGACUGCAUCUUCAGUCAAAUCUACAUCGUUCUACAUUGGGUCAGAGGAGACCUACUCCAAAACAGACUUGGCACCUGCUCUGUUUCCUACUAGGAGAGAACAGGAUGGACCUCCCAGAAUUUCCCCAGCAGCUGUUCUUGCAAGGCAUUCAAGUAACCGUGAGCCCCGUAGAGCUGUCAGGCCAAAUGCUUCUGCUCCCAGCCUCCAUUCACAGGGCACUGAUGGCCAGCUCAAAAAGGAGCCCAACGUCUCCUUUGUCAGACAGGAGAGCUUCACUAAGGAUCGACCAAGCGAUGACAUCCCCAUCAGCAGGCUUCCACACAUCUCCAGCCAGCCUGCUCUGUGUAUCAUUGAACAUGGUGAGCUAUACCAGAGCCCUUCUCUUAAUGAGGUGGAGCAGAAGCAUGCGGGAUCUUCCAGCCACGCAGGGGACUCACUGUCUGGGGAUUCUGAUUUGGACACAGGCAGCACUGUCAGUCUGAUCAGUAACAAAAAUGCUCCCUCUGCACCAGCCAAGAUGUUGACCAGUAGUAUCCUGCAGAAGGGGAAAUCAUCAUCCAGUCCGUCUGCCCAAAGUCUAGUGGCCCGCCAGCCAACCGCCCGUGAACGUUUAUCUGAGAAGCGCCGUGCCCAUGUCACCGACCACACCAGCAAGGGCGAGCCGAAUAAACGUCUUCAGAUCCGGCGAAGCACUGGGAACCGUGGCUCACUGGACUUCACGGAUGAGCAGCAAAGCUCAAGCCUGCAGUACUGGCCCGAAACUGCCUCCUCUGACUAUGAAUCUGGUUCCCGGCUUGGUACCCGCAAACGUCUUCCAGCUGUGCUCCAGAAAGAUUCCUUGAAAGGAGCGGUGUACCAAGCACUGACUCGCUCCAACAGCCUCUCCUCCCCACGACCCACCCGUGCAUCUAUGCUGCGUCGGGCCCGUCUGGGCGAGGCUUCUGAUACUGAGGGCACAGAGACAGACCGAGCCUCUCAAGGUUCCGAUAUCAACCCACCAACCAAAGCCCCGGCUGACAGUAAGAAAUUGUCGCGCCUGGAUGUCUUAGCUUUGCCUAGGAAGAGGACAGGUUCGUUCACCAUGCCUAGUGAUACUGAGUCCACCAGCCGGGCUGAUGCCCUUAAUCGUAGCUCAGAGCUCAGUACCUCCAUUCGUAAGGCAGGAACAACUGAGAUGAAGCCUGGGGCCGGAAAGGCACCCAGGACGGCUCCCUCAAAGCAGCCCAUCACCCGCGCUCGAUCCAGCAGUGCCAAGUAUUCUAGCACUACCGCAGCUACACAGACUCCGAGUAUCACCAAGGCUGCCCCAGUCCAAUCCAAAGCCAAAAAUGAAGGUUCAGCAGUGGACAAUGAGACCAGCUCCUUCCAGCAUUGGUCCACACACAGUGCUGAAAUUGCCAGGCUCAGUCAGGACCUUGCCAAAGACUUGGCUAUGUUGGCUCAAGAGAUCCAUGAUGUGGCAGGUGAAGCUGACUCGGGAAUGGGCACUGCAACCUCACCUGGCUCUAUGCCCAACACUCCAGCCUCCACCAUUUCUGCCCGGGAGGAGAGAAUAUUUCCAUCCUUGCAGGCCACCCGCUUUUCCCAGUUAAUUCAGCACAUUCCAGAAGCCAGCUUGAACUACCAAAAAGUUCCACCAGGUGCAGUGGGAGUCCGGGACCCAGACCCAAAUAUGAAUGAAGAAGAUUCCAAACGGCGACUCUGGAAUCGUGAAGAGGUCAUUUUAGACAAUCUGAUGCUGAAUCCUGUGUCUCAGUUGUCCCUGGCAAUUAGGGAGAACACCGAACAGCUGGCAGAGAAAAUGAAGUCAUUGUUCCACAACAGGACAGAAGUGUGGGAAGAAAUCGAGGCAAAGAUCAGUGCUGAGAAUGAAGUGCCUAUACUGAAGACAUCAAAUAAGGAAAUCAGUUCCAUUUUGAAGGAAUUAAGAAGAGUUCAUAAACAACUAGAAGUUAUAAACACUAUUAUCGAGCCUGGACGAAGUACUGACCCACUCAGCAAGGUCCCCUCGGGUGGGGCAAAGCCCACAUUGGCUUCCCAGCCCCCGACAAGAGGGGCCCGAAGCUCAGCUGCUAACGCUACAGGCAAGAAGCCCAGUGAGGUACGCAAGAAGAGCCUGGCGGGUGCUGGCAGCCAGAGCUGAGUACUGUGGACUGGCAAGGUCACGGUCAAGACUGUCUGGUCAUGUGGAAGCAGUCUGAACCAUUGAGUCAUUUUUGUAAAUAUGGAAUGACACAAAACCGAAAGGAAAGCAGAGAAGAUCUCCAAUGUGUGUUUGAAAUGAAUGUAGGGAACAAGAUAUAACUCAUGUUAAUGCAGAUUGUUUUUUGAAAAUACAGCAUUGCUGGCCUGAGAAGAAUGCUAAUACUAAGUGUUCAGCAGGCAGGUUGUGCCGGGGUUGAAUUAGGGAACCUCAUUGUUUUGUCAUUUUGUUUAUCUUUUGUUUUACAAUUUGUUUGUAGCAUUGAACAGCUGAUGCCUUUAAUGGGGUCAACAAAUGAAUGCUAUAGCUGACAUCAUAAUACAAGAAUAUUAUAUGUGGACAGUAUUUACUACAGAAAUUUCACCUGGUCGUGUGACAGAGGCCUUUUAAAUGACUCGGUAUGCAUUUUGUUUCUCCUCUAUUUAUCAUGCAUUUGUUUAAUUGUUUCAGAAUGACUUGAAUGUCGGUAAGUGCAGAUAGGUACAUUCAUGCUUUAAGGAUCAUGUGGUGCCCAAACAUCCAAAACCUGCAGGAAAUUGGAACAGCUUUUGUGAUGUGCUCCAUGUGCACUGUGAAGAUGUGCUGUGCUUGUGAAGUGCUCCAUCAUGAGCUUAGCUGGCAAUUAUGAAAAUUUUGUCCACAAGGCUGCAUAGCAUUUUUCUUUUGAUCUAGUGUUUUUUCAGUGUUUUAAUUUUUGAAAAGAUGCUGCCUUGUCAUGUAUACAUUUUUUUCUUCCUUAAACUGUGCAAUGCUAAUUAUUGAAUACAUGUUGUUGCUUUCUACUGCACACCUAAAAUCAUGCUCUGGAAUUAAUGCAAGCAGUGUUGGCGUAUUUGUAUUUAUAAAUAAAGCUGAAGGUGACCUGGAACCUGGAGUAGAAUUGGCUAUGAAAUGACUUAAGAAGAGUGAAGUGUUCUUUUAUUUAUUUAUUAUAUCUCUCCUGCACAAGAAAUGACGUCUCUCGGAUAUAAUGGAUCUUUCUACUUACCUGUAUACCCAUAACCUGGAUGACCUUUUAAACAAGGCGAAGUACCUGUGGUUACUUCCAUUGUUGCUGAAACAGAAAGGAUUUUGCAUUCAUUGUGAAUUACAAAAAUCCUGCUAAUGAUUGGGAGUCAGAGUAUAAGAAUUCUGGACUGAGUCAAUCAGUUAAUAGACUUGUGUGUGUUUUCUGGGAAAUGGAGCUCUCCCCAGGGUACGGUCUUCCAAACAUCCAUAUUAGUCUUCAAACAACUGCUAACUUACUGUGAACGGGUUUAUAUGAAGGCUGUGAGCCCUUCCACUGUUUAGUGUAGGUGUUUCGUGUGGCGCCUUGGUCAGUUUGGGUGUUAGGGUAAGAUGUUCCAAAGCUAUGAAUCCCUUUUAUGUCUUUGCUGUCCAGAUGCCCAUCUCUGUAGGCUGUGUAGACUCUGGAUAUUGUAAUGCUUACAUUUAUGCUUUAAAACAUAGUGACUGUCCUGCAGUAGAACCUCAGCUUAGCUCCUCUGCUCAGCCUGCUGUCCACCAUAUUAAAUAAACAGAUUUGUUUACAUUCACCAGCAGACACCUUUGGAAUAAAUGUGUAGAAGAGGGUUGCAGAAAUGAAUGAUUAUCGUUUCACCUUUAAAAUGCUUGGUGUUAAGUAUUUAAUUAAUUUGUAAGAUGUCUCUUUGGGUUAGAUGUAUUGUGGUGGUGGUAGGAACCACAGGACAAAGCAUGUACAGUAGCAUCAACCAAAGAAGACCGAGUGUUAUGUUUUUGUCAAAGGCAAGCAGACUCCGUAUUUGUGAUUCAUGCGUAUAAAUUGUGCAAAGUAUGACAAAUUGCCCAGAACAGCCCCAAGUCCGAUGUAUUGUAGGGGAAACACUCCUAGAUAAUGUAUUCCAAAUACCAUGCAUUAUAGUCAGUGUUCUGUAAAUCUGACAUUUAUAUUAAACAAAACAUUUUCCUAAUCUCAUUGUAUGUUUUCUGUUAGCUUGAUAUUUUGAGUUUCGAGGCAGUUGAUUUACAUUAUCCUUUCUUUGUGUAAGAUGGCUGCACCACUGUACCAUUUAAGGUGUUGUGAUUGAGCAAAUGGAGGUAAAUAAAUAAUCUGUACAAAGGAAUAGGAAUGCACUUAAAAAAUUAAAGAAAAUGAAAGUAAAAGAU